GUGGGGGAAGGGAGAAAAACAGCUCGAGCGAGAAUCAUCCCGGUGGGGAACCAACUGACAGAAGAAGCGAGUCUUGAGGGAAAUGGCGGUCGAUAAAGAACUGCUGGAGUUGGACCUCUACGUGCUUCUGGGAGUGGUGGAGAAAGCGACGGAUAAAGAGAUUAAGAAAGCCUACAGACAGAAGGCCCUGACCUGUCAUCCAGAUAAACAUCCAGAUAAUCCCAAAGCAGCUGAACUCUUCCAUCAAUUGUCUCAGGCAUUAACAGUGCUAACAGAUGCAGCAGCAAGGGCAGCCUAUGAUAGAGUAAGGAAAGCCAAGAAACAAGCAGCAGAAAGGACCCAGAAACUUGAUGAAAGAAGGAAGAAAGUCAAACUUGAUCUUGAAGCUCGGGAAAAAGAAGCUUACUCCCAGGUUAGCAAGGCAGAAGAGAUUGAGAUAACUAGGACAUUAGAGCAAGAGAUCCAAAGGUUACGUGAAGAGGGAUCUCGGCAACUGGAGGAACAACAAAAACUCAUCCAAGAACAAAUCCGGCUUGAGAAAGAGCGAAUACGAAGUAAACAAGAUGGGUAUGGAGGGAAUGGCAAAGGAACACCCAAGCUCAAACUUCGAUGGAAGUGCAAGAAAGAAGAUGAAACUAAUGGAGGUUACUCAAAAGAAAUUCUACUGCAAAUUCUACAAAAGUAUGGUGAAGUUCUUAAUUUGCUGAUCUCUAACAAGAAGGCUGGAAGUGCAGUUGUGGAAUUUGCAACAGUGAAAGCUGCUGAGAUGGCAGUGAAGAAUGAAGUUGGCCUAACAUACAAUCCUUUAAAAAUCACCUGGCUGGAAGGUCAACCACAGAGUAGCACAGUGUUUGCUGAUGGCACUAUUCACCCACACAUAUCCCAGCUCCCUCAGAAAUCCUUCAAAAACUUUUCCAACUUGGAGGCAUACAUACAGGAUUCAGUGGUUUCUGAGAGGGAUUAUGAAAGCCUUGUGAUGAUGCGCAUGCGGCAAGCUUCUGAAAGGCAGAAGCUAAUUGAAAAGAUGAAACAGGAAGAUGAAGAAGAGUCUUGUACAUAGUAGAAGGGGAAAUGGCAUUAUCGUGCAUUUUUGCUUAUAAUUCUUAAAUCAAUAAAAACUAUUGAAGGAAAAACUUCAAAA